AUGACAUCCGCGAUAUGCGAUCGGCUGUUGCUAUCCCUAAGACCCGCUUCCUGUCGUUACAGCCAGCCAAUCAAAUGUCCAGGAAACGGAUUUCGCGCGGAUGCGGAGUCGCAAGGGCGCCUGUAUGAGCAUGUGUCUGGCGUGCACAAGGAUGCGGUUCCGGGGCCGAAAGGAUCAUUGCCUGUUAUGGACAUGGACUUGUGGAAGCAAGGCUCUGCAGUCGAAACGAGCAAGACAUGA